CGGUGUUCAACUUCCGUCCAAGCAAAGCAAAGCGAUCAAUCACACACUGUACGCAUUUGCAUUUCACCGAUUUCUAGAGAGAGAAACCCGCAAACAUGUCUUCUUCCUUCGAUGCCUUCACCGACGACUUGAACAACGUCAACUCUUCUUCAACUGAUCACUUCACCGCCGCCGAUCAGGACGAUACCUACUCCGGCUACGGCGGUUUCUCCUCCUUCUCCGGCGGAUUCACUGACGGCGAUGUCGCUGUUGAUCACUCCGCUGCGGCGUCACCGGAGAUCUACGGCUUCACUGAUCCGAGUCCUGAUUACUCCCAGUCUCCCUUCGAAUCGGUCACAGUUGAGAACGGGAAUGAAAACGGAAACGGAAACGGAUAUGGUGAUGAAGGUGUGUUUGUCUCCGAUGGUCCAGUGCUUCCGCCGCCUGGUGAUAUGGAGCCGGAAGAAGGUUACGCUCUUCGCGAGUGGCGCCGUCAAAAUGCCAUCUUACUAGAGGAGAAGGAGAAAAGAGAAAAAGAAAUGCGAUUGAAGAUUAUUGAGGAAGCUGAGGAGUACAAGGUUGCUUUCUAUGAGAAAAGGAAGCUAAAUGUUGAGACUAACAAGGUUCAAAAUAGAGAAAGGGAGCAGUUAUUCGUGGCUAAUCAAGAGAAGUUUCACAAGGAGGCAGACAAAGCAUAUUGGAAAACAAUUGCAGAGCUCAUUCCUCGUGAGGUUCCCAGCAUUGAAAAGAAGAGAGGCAAAAAGGAUCAGGAUAAGAAGCCAUCGAUUACGGUUGUCCAAGGCCCAAAGCCUGGCAAACCAACGGAUCUUUCUAGGAUGCGGCAAAUACUGUUAAAGCUGAAACAUACACCACCACCUCACAUGAUUCCUCCACCACCUGCUCCUGCUAAAGACGCCAAAGAUGCCAAAGACACUAAGGAUGGAAAAGAAACAGCGUCCAAAGCAACUGGAUCUGCAGCAGAAGUUGCAUCAGAACCAAAGGAUGCUGCUACUUCUAACGGCACUGCAGAUGAACCCCAGAAAGAAGUCCCUGCCACCGAAGAGCAGCCUGCUGCAUAGUUUUGGUUAUCAUACUUGAGUUUCCUAUUGAUCUUUCUUCUGCUAUCCCUUUUUUCACCUGCGGUCUUUAAUGAGUCUUUUAGUCCUACUAUUAGUUUCUAAUGUUUAUUGCUUGCAUUUUAUUACCAGCAUCAAGGUUUUUAAUCAAUUAAAUCUAUUCUUGGCUAUUAUGACUUGGAGAUUCAAUGAUACUGGGUUUAAAUACACCCUUUUAGACAAAGAGUGUCUUCUCUGUUAACACCACCCCCACCCCCACAACAAAGACACUAUGUAUUGAUUUUUUUUUUUAUCUUAUAUUUGCUAAUUCGGUAUGAUUUUUUCUCC